AUGGAGGCCAAGACCAACUCCAUUGACCUUGAGAUCGCUGAGACUGCUGCCACCCUGUCCAAUGACAGGUCCACAGCCAGCUGUGAUACCACGAGUGACAAAACAUUGAAGGAGUUGAACGCUUCUGAAGUCGACGUGGCUGGCAGCGCUUCCAGCAUCUUCCGCCGUGGUGGUAUCUUUCCAACUGCCAUUUGCCUGAGCAAAGCUGCCAUUGGCGCUGGGGUGCUCUCUGUGUCGGCUCAUGCUGCAGAAGUUGGAGCUGUGUAUCAACUCAUUUGUCUCCUACUCGGUGGCUUUCUUACGAUUUGCUCCAUCCGGAUGAUCUCCAUCGCUUCAAUCGAGACUCAACGUUGGAGCUUUGAGGAUGUUUGUGAAGAGCUGUUCCACCCGGCCAUGUCGCUCUUCACGGGCUUCAUCAAUGCCUGUGUUUGUCUUGGCUCCGCUGCUGGGUACCUCAUCGUUUGUGGCCAGGUCUUCGUGGUGAUCUUCCAAGCUGACGACCAGGCGCGCAAUAUCUUCGUGGUGCUGACGGGCGUCUGCGUGUGCUGUCCAUUGGCACUCGCGCGUCAUGUGGGUUUCAUGCGACAUUUGGCUGCUGUGAGUGUGGCUGCCCUGAUUCUGCUGGUCAUUACUGUGGGCUGGUACCUGGGUGACAAUGGCAUGGAUGAAAGUGUCUCACCGGAGAACUUCCUCUUUGGUCCAGGUGUAGCCACCGUUUUUACCUACAUGAACUCAAUCAACAACCUGGUCUUUGCCUACAACAACCAGUUCAAUGUGCCCCAGCUCACCGGGGAGCUGACGCCGAUGCCAAGUACAAAGGGAAUGACCAAGGUGUCUGUCUUGAGCACAGGCAUGAGCUUCCUUCUCUAUGCCUCAGUCUCUGUUCUGGGUGUUUUGGCUUUUGGAGUAGCAGAGGGGCAGAAAGACUCCCUGAUUUUGGAUCUGAUGCCAGUUCGCAAGGAGGUCCAUGUCUUGAUUUCGCUGGUGGCGGUGCUGUUCAGUGUCUUGACUUGUUUCCAAUUUCACAUCUUCCCGGUGCGUCAGUUCCUGGCCUUCAACGUGCGGAAGCUGCGUGGCCGCGAGGCGGACGAUGAGAAGUCGGACGCGAAGUGCUGCGGUCGCACCAUGACCCGUUGGUACGACAUCAUCGGGGCCUUGGGCUCAGUGGCACUGGUCAUUUUGAUCGCAGUGGUCAUCACGAGCCUCCGAGCUAUGCUGGACUUUGUUGGUGCUUUUGGUGCCGCAUACAUUUCAUAUGUGGUGCCGCCAUUGUGGAUUAUCGCCGUUCGCAGAAAAGCAGCUGGAAGCAGUUUCUCAUGGCUUACUGCAGAGAUCUUGUUCUGCUUGGCCUUUUUGGGGCUGGGUAUCUUCCUCUUCGUCUUCGGAACCUAUGCCGCGAUCGUUCCACUGCUACAGGGUGCCUGA